GAGGAUGUCCUAGCACGCAUGAUUGUAUAGGAAGCAGUAUCAGAAGCAAUAGACACAGGGCAGUAGGUCCUGACAGAGGAUGGGAAGGAUGGCUUGUCAAGAGGAACUUCUGGACAGAUGACGCACGGACAUGUGGAGUGGUGGGCUUUGGCUUCGGAGUGGGAGUGGGAGAUGAUGCUGCCAGCCGCGUGUUUAUCGUAUAACGCUCGCAAUUAAUCUUCCCUCAAUCAUGUUGUCACCCACUGAAGCUGCUUGAUCAUCCAGCCAGCUGUAUCAUCGUGCAAUGAACGACGUUUGCGCCCGACUCACCACUUCCGACCACCCCCUGUACUCCUAGACCAACCGCAUCAUGGACGACCAGCACGAGAACGACCACGACCAGGACGAAGAGAACGCCUUCGAUGACCGACCCAAACCGCGCGAGCUACCUGCCGACCUUCCGCGCUCGCUCGAUGAUCGCAAGGCCUUCUCUGGCUAUGGCAAUGUCGAGACCGAGUACUACGACGCCUGGCAAGGCCAGUCGCAGUUCCUUACCGCCCCCACCAUCGCUCACUCGAACAACUUCAACCUCUCACUCAACGAACCCGACAACUUCGGCUCUUCGGAAUACGAUCUGGCCGAACACGACACCAGGCUGGCCCACAUGUUGGCAACCCAGGUCCGAAGCAACGACGAUGACAACGACGUCGAAAGUACAGAAGACAACUUGGUCAAUGACAAGAACCUCUCAGACGGCGAAAAGCGGCAAAUGCUACAGGACUUUCUGUUCAUGGCUGCCAGCAACGGCGACGAUGCCCGUAUCAAGCGCUUAGUAAGGGGAAGUGCCGCACUGUACAUCGACGUGAACGCCGUAGACUCCGAGGGCACUCCGCCGCUAGUCUACGCCAGUUGCUUUGGCCACAAGGACGUUGUCGUCUCCUUGCUGAACGCUGGCGCCGAGGUGGACAAGCAAGACAAGAACCAAUGGAGCGCUCUCAUGUGGGCCAUGACAAACAGACACAAGGAUAUUGCGAAGAUCCUGCUAGAUCAUGGAGCCUCCACUGAGAUCCAAUCGUCUACUGGAAGAACCGCUCUUGACUUUGUCGCCCCGAACAGCGACAUGUCAGAAUAUUUAAACGACAGUGGUUACACAAUCGGGAAUGCUGGAGUGACGGAUGACUUCUAUAAUGCCGGACUAUCGCAGGACCGCUUCGAGGAAGAGAUGGCCGAGAAUGAGAUGAAGCGUCGCAUGAUGAUGGAAAGUGCCAUGAACCUCGAAGUUGAUUUAGGUAAUCUAGGUCUGGACGAAAAGCCGGAAUCCGCGGACGAAUUCGAGGACUCUCAAGAAUUUGUUUGGGACAGGUGCCUCAACGAUCAAAUGUUCGUCUUCCAGGAAAAUGACUCGGAUCGGAUCCUCAACAUUGUUGUGACGGAAAUGACACCACAACGAUCACCUUCGCAAAAACCUAUACCCGCAAAUAUCAUCUUCCUUGGUGCCAGAUACGCACAUUACCACUCUAGCCAAGAACUGUUGACAGAGUGGCUCAAUGCAGCUCAAGACAAGAUCUACGCGGUCGUCGAGAAGCAUCAAUGGGACAUGACCAUGCUCGCUUUCUGGAUGUCCAACACCACACUUCUCCUGUAUUACCUGAAGAAAGAUACUGGGUUGGCGCAAGUCACUUCGACAUUUCAAGCCAAGAUGGCCGAACUGAUCCACGAGAUCUACGUUUUGAUUAUUCGUGAUGCCGAAAGGCGAAUGGACAAAGUCCUGGACGAAGCAAUGUUGGAUCACGAGACUAUACCAGGAUUUGAAGACAUCGCGUUCCAGAAUGAGUGGAAAUUCUUGCGAUCAAAACCUAAGCCAAAGGCGCCUGAACCAUUAGAGAAGCGCUUCCGGCCUCCUUCGCCAAAGCGUCGUGCUCAGGUGUCUCCCAGGAACAUCACCUCUCUUCUCUCAUCAACACUAUUCGUCCUCGACCUUUACGAUGUUCACUCGGUAAUCGCCACUCAAGUCAUGUCACAACUCUUAUAUUGGCUGAGUGCCGAGAUCUUCAACCGUAUCAUGUCAAACAAGCGCUACCUGGCCAGGACGAAAGCUAUGCAGAUUCGAAUGAACAUUUCCCAGCUCGAAGAUUGGGCUAGAACCAACAAUAGAGCCCCAGAGCACUUUGAGAAUGGGUCUUUGAAUGCUACUGGCGAAAACAUCAUUGAGGCUGCUCGUAAGCAUCUGGCGCCAGUGGUGCAACUCCUCCAAUGGCUACAGUGCUUUUCGUCAUUGGGACAAGAUGGCGAGGCGCUUGACACUACACUACAGCAAUUGCCUGCCUUGACAACGAGGCAGCUAUUGCAUGCAGUCAAGUACUAUCGUGCUGAAGUAGGAGAAAAGGUCUUGCCCAAGGCAGCGCUAAGGCAUGUCGAGGAGAGCAAACGACAAUUUGCACACAAGGCGGCAGAAGCCAAUGAACCGGCAACUCCAGCGACACCUGCAAAAGGUGACAAGCCCAAUACACUAGCACCACCGCCAGUUCUGAGAAAAGAUGAAGACGAUUCACCCGAGGGGACCUUGGUCGACCCCGCGUUACUGCUGCCUUUCCAUCUACCGACAUCAACAGAUAUGUUGGUCACGUAUGGAGCAGGGUUCGGAGGAGUCAACAGGGAGCGAGAACGAAGAUAUACCCCAACAGUACCACCAGACUUUUUCCAAAAGUUGGAUCCUUCGGGAAGCAGUCGGAAUCUGUACGAAGAUGCCAAAUGGAUCAUCCCCGUGGAAGAGAUCCAGGCUACAUUUGGCUCCUCCAGCAUCGACUUGAUCAGCAAACCCCUCGGCUCCCGCAUCCUCUCCUUCUCCGACGAAUGGUUCGCAGCCGCCGAGAACCUCACCACACCCACCCCUCCAAUCCGUAAACCCGGCGUCUUUGUCUUUUCCGGAGCCUGGUACGAUGGCUGGGAGACCCGUCGCCACAACACCGAACCUUUUGACUACGUGGUUUUCCGCCUCGGUGUUGCGAGUGGAAGGGUUAAAGGUGUGGAGAUUGAUACUGCAUUUUUCAAUGGCAAUCAUGCUCCUGAGGUGCAAGUGCAGGGAUGUUUUGCCGAUGACAGCAGGGAAGAGGAGAUUAAAAGCAAGGAUUUUACGGAGUGGGAGACUAUUUUGCCGAUUCAAGAGUGUGGGCCUAGUCAACGACAUGCUUGGUUGUUGCCCACCACCACAAAGCCAUACACGCAUAUCCGUCUGCAAAUGUUCCCUGAUGGAGGAAUUGCUCGUUUCAGACUCUAUGGUGAUGUUCAGGCCGUGUUGCCACAGGAUGUAAACGAGGUUUUCGAUCUCGCUGCUAUUGUUAACGGCGGUGUUGCUAUCAAAUGCUCGGAUCAGCAUUUCGGCACCAAGGAUAACUUGCUGUUGCCAGGAAGAGGCAAGGAUAUGGGUGAUGGAUGGGAGACCAAGCGCACUCGUGGAGAGCAUGUGGAUUGGUGUAUUAUCAAGCUUGGUGUGGCCGGCAUCAUCGAAAAGGUGUUGAUUGAUACUGCGCAUUUCAGAGGCAAUUUCCCGCAAAAGGUGCAGGUGUUUGCUGCUUCUGCUUCAGAGACUGCGCCUGAACAUGACUCGAGCGCAUGGGUGGAGAUUUUGUCGCCGCAGAAGACUGGACCUGACUUUGAGCAUGUGUAUGAGGGUGAUGUUCUUGCCAAUGUGCAAGACAAGGCUUGGGGCUAUGUCAAGCUUGUCAUGAUCCCUGAUGGCGGUAUCUCGAGAAUCAAGGUCUUUGGUCGCAAGGCUGUUUGAAGUUGAUACAAAUCAUAGACCAGAUACACCGAUGAACAAAAGUCACAAUUCACUCUCCACGACACCACUGAAAUAACUCGGAGGCACCAUGCUGCUACAUGAUCCUGUCUCCAUAUCUGGCUUACUAGGAAAACCCGCUCGGCAAUUCCUUCUUGGGGCUUCUUUCUUACAAUGUGCUCACUGCAGCAUAAAACUGCAGAAAUGGACCCGGAAAGUCUUGCGAGUAUUUUUUUGCAGCCUUUUGUGUCAAGGGACUGUGCGGGAGACCGAACACGCAGGUCGAUGGAAAUCCUCUACUAUCCCCCUCCCUUUACAAAGAGACGGUACGCUGAUGGUGUGCAGAGACACCAAGAGUCACGAUUAUAAUGAGUCAACAGUGAAGAAGAAAGCGAGUCACGGACCUGAUGAGCUCUUUUACCUCCAGGUAGCCAUCACACAUUUCCAAGAUAGUC